CCCCACCUCGAAGCAGUUCAGCUGUUCGGUUGGCUGCCAACAAUCCCCAAAAGUCCCGAAGAUUAUUUUGUCUUUCUCCCGCUCGCGUCACCCGAAGUCGAGGAGCCUCAAACCCAAAUUCGGCCGCCGACGAAGUAGCGAGAGCCCAAUGAAAAGGUGUCGGUUCGAGCAGCGAGAGUGACUGCGGCCAGGUGAUGGCCCCCACAGCUAUGAAGCUGCGUGAUCGCCGCCGUUACAACAACAACAGCGGCGAGGCGCAGCCCGAGGAAGUGCACAGGAGCCGAGGGAGACGCAGGGGAAAGACGGGCGCCAACACGCCGGCCGCCAGCGCCGCCGCCGCGUUGUCUCCUCCUGCGCCGUCGGCCCGAGCGGCGGAGGAGGCGUCGCCCGACUCCAAGUGUCCCAUCUGCCUGGACCGCUUCAACAAUAUGGCGUAUUUGGACCACUGCCUGCACCGGUUCUGCUUCCCGUGCAUCCAGGAGUGGUCGCACAACAAGGCCGAGUGUCCGCUGUGCAAGCAGCCCUUCGCCUCCAUCUUGCACUCGGUGCGCGCCGAGGACGAGUUCAAGGAGUAUACGCUGCGCCCCACCCCCACCAGCAGCAGCGUGGCGGCCACCGUGGCCAUGGUGGCCGCCAUGGCGUCGGCGAGCGAGGAGGAAAACGGGGCGUGGGAUUGGUAUUUGGACGUCCUGCCGUUUCCGCUGUCGGAGCGUGGCGUCAUCUUCGAAGGCCCGUCGGGCCAGGGGGACGCUGGAGCGGCCCGGCCCUCGCGGCGCCUCGUGACCCGAUUGGUCGCCAGGCUGCGUCUGCAGCGAGAAGGCUUAGCGGCGCAGCGUCUGACGGCGGAAGAGAUGGUGGCCUUUCGCCGGGCCCUCUAUCGCGGGGGCAUUCGCGCGCGUGGCGUCGCGGGCGCUGGCCCCGCCGAGCCGGAGCGCGACGUCACGGUGGACGGCUUCCGUCGGGACCCCGCCCAGUUGAACAGACUGCGGCCUUGGCUGCGCCGCGAGUUGACGGUGCUGUACGGCGCGUACGGCUCGCUGGUGGACGUCGUCCAGCGCAUCAUCGCGGCUCGGGUGGCUCGCCAUGGAUUGGAGGACGCGGCGACCAUGCAGGAAGAGCUGCAGCCCUUCCUGUUGGCACAAACGGCGCACUUCUUACACGAGCUGCUGUGCUACGCCCGCUCGCCGCUCAGCCUAGACGAUUACGACCUGCACGCCGCCUACCAUCCGCCGCUCACCAACUGCGGCGGCUCCCCUUCCAUCUCCGAGGAGGUGGAGGAGCGACGGCACAACGAUGAGACGCCGGGACCCUCGAACUCCGGCGCGGCGGCGUUGCCGCCCUCCAGCCCCAUCCCGCAGGAGGACGAGGCCGAGUGUCUGAUCGUGGGCUACAAGAAGCCGCUGGCCGAGCGCACGCCGGAGCUGGUGCACCUGUCGUCCGACUCCGACUCGUCGUCGCCUGCGAUCCCGCCCGCCGCCGCCCGUGAGGAAAAUCCCCCUGCGGCGGGGUCGGUCAGCUCGGUGUGCGCGCUCAGCCCGCCGUCGGUGCCCCGUGACAAAAAGAGGAAAAAGAAGAAGAAGAGGAGCCGCGCGUGCACGAGGAAGAGUGGCACCCUGGCCAAUCCCAACCGCUCCAUUUACCCCGCCAUGAUGCGCCCCUUCUCGCACUCUAGCCCGGAGUCCGGCUGGCCGCUGGCCCUCAGCUCGUCGGAUUGCAGCUGGGAAUUCUCGUCGUCCUCCUCCUCCUCUGUCUGCUCCUCCUCGCCGCCGCCGUCCCCUCUCUCACCGUUGCGCUGCGCCGGCGAGAAGCCCGGCGGGAAGAGGAAGUACAAGAGCCGGCACCUAGACGAGCGCAACCACCCCGACGGGAGGCGGCGAGGGAGGGGCCGCAGCAAGAGAAGGAGCGACUCGCGGAAGAGCCCCGUCGGCGCCGACAGCACGGGAGGGCCCCAACGCGACCGCAGUCCCAGCGUGGAGAUCAUCUACGAAGGCGCCGCCCCGCCCAAGCGCCACCGCAAGACGCAGGAUGACAGCGGGCCGCCGCCCAUCAUUACGUUGGAGAGCGACAGCAGCGGCGACGAGGCGUCGCGCCCCCGCGAUCUUCCGUCGGCGCGCUCGCCCGACGCGGUCGUGGACUUGGUGGACCCGGCGCCCCGCCCCUCGGAGGCGGCGGACGUCACGGACGGCGACUUUCCAAACCAGACGCCGGCGGCCGUUCACCAGGUAAGGAGCAGCCCCCCCCCGCUGGUGCGGGCGCCAACGCUCAAACUUCAAGUUACUGGCACCAAGGAGGAAGACGCCAACUUUUCCCCGCCCUCCUCUUCCUUUGACUUCCUGUCUCACACCACUGACCUCUUCGGAAGCGACCCGAUGGCAGGAAGUGACCUCAGCCCCCCGCUCUCCCCCUCCAUCUUGUCAUGUCACCUCUGAUGUCACCGGACGUGACAAACUGUUCUUUUGUUUUCCGCCUCUUGAUGUAAAAGACUGUUGCCUUGGCAACACACCCUGGACUCAAAUCGACCGCAGUGCGUCUUCGCUGGUGGGCCACUGGAUGGCGCACUAAAACUGUAAAAUCAUCUCCAGACUUGUUUUUCAAGUGCUUUUAAUGUGAAACUGAAUAGCGGUGAGGAUGUUGAUGAACUCAUACGUGCACGCACACACACACGCGCGCGCACACACAGUUUAUGACAAUAAACACUUCCAGGGGAUUUGAAAUGUGUCCGUCAUUGUGUGGAAGCAUUUCCCCGCCACGCCCACAUCGGAGCGCAGGAGCCGCUGCUCCAUUGUUAGCAGUUGCUUAGCAACACGGGCGCUCUGUUGUCAAGGACGACCAGGGUUCUGCCUUGCCGGGAUGAGGAUGAUGGGCACACACGCUAUGACGCAAUCGACUGUGUGUGUGUGUGUGUGUGUCUCUCAGAGACACUUCCUCGUAGUAUUGUCUCAUCCACGAGAGCGUUUGUGGUCCUUGUAGUCCUCCUGAGGAAAGUUGUAGUCCUUUCACGCGCGCCACACACUUGCCGGACGAGCGACACGAGUUGAAG